CUCAGCAACAAUGGCUACAGCAGCACAAUAGCAACAGCAGCAGCAGCAGCAGCAGCAGAGCUCUCCCUCAUAAAGCCCAUCAAGCCCAUCUACAGGCCCACCUCAAGGUUCUCCGCUCUCAGGCCCAAUUUCAGCAUCAACGCCUCCGCAACCUCCACAAGGCCCAAGAAGUCGGCCAAGACUGAGAUCAAGGAGACCCUUCUGGCCCCAAGGUUCUACACUACAGACUUCGAUGAGAUGGAGAUGCUCUUCAAUAAAGAAAUCAACAAGAAUCUGAAUCAGUCAGAGUUUGAGGCUCUGCUGAAUGAGUUCAAGACCGAUUACAACCAGACCCAUUUCGUUAGGAAUCAGGAGUUUAAAGAGGCUGCUGAUAAGAUGCAGGGGCCAUUGAGGCAGAUCUUUGUGGAGUUCUUGGAGAGGUCCUGCACUGCUGAGUUUUCUGGGUUUUUGUUGUACAAGGAGCUCGGCCGAAGGCUCAAGAAAACCAAUCCAGUCGUGGCUGAGAUCUUCUCUCUCAUGUCGAGGGAUGAAGCUAGGCAUGCAGGGUUUUUGAACAAAGGUCUCUCUGAUUUCAACCUGGCACUGGAUUUAGGAUUCCUGACAAAAGCUAGGAAAUACACAUUCUUCAAGCCAAAGUUCAUCUUUUAUGCAACAUACCUCUCUGAAAAGAUUGGAUAUUGGAGGUACAUAACAAUUUACAGGCAUUUGAAAGCCAAUCCUGAGUUCCAAGUGUAUCCAAUCUUCAAGUACUUUGAGAACUGGUGCCAGGAUGAGAACAGACAUGGAGAUUUCUUCUCUGCUUUGCUCAAGGCUCAGCCUCAGUUCCUUAAUGACUGGAAGGCUAAGUUGUGGUCUCGAUUCUUCUGUCUCUCGGUCUAUGUGACUAUGUACCUGAAUGAUUGUCAAAGGACUGCUUUCUAUGAAGGCAUUGGCCUUGACACCAAAGAGUUUGAUAUGCACGUGAUCAUUGAGACUAAUCGCACUACAGCGAGGAUAUUCCCCGCAGUUCUUGAUGUCGAGAAUCCAGAGUUCAAGAGGAAAUUGGACAGAAUGGUGGAGAUCAACCAAAAGAUUCUUGCCAUUGGACAGACUGAAGACAUUCCGUUAGUGAAGAACUUGAAGAGAGUUCCUCUUAUUGCUGCGUUGGUCUCUGAGCUCUUGGCUGCUUACUUAAUGCCCCCAGUUGAGUCUGGGUCUGUUGAUUUUGCUGAGUUUGAGCCACAAAUUGUUUACUAAUUAAUCUUUGUAUCGGUAUGAGCCAGAGGAAUACUUGAUUCUUGUAUGAAACAGAGGCAAGGUUUACUCAAGUUGAGCGUGUUGCUGUAAAGUAGUGUUUUUUUUUCAGUCCCUUUGUAUUAUUACUAUGCAUAAUUGUAGGUUUCUUUUUUUAUGUGAAAUGACAUGGAUAUUUUGAACU